AUGUUUCUCCUGUUGCCCAACAGAAAAAUUCUGAAAGACCUCUCUUCUGAAGAAGCACGAAGCAGAAAAGACAACGGAGAAAAUCCUGGCGUUUCUGCUGUUACUUCUAUGUCUGCUCCAACUCCCACCUACCAGACCAGCAGCGGACAGUACAUUGCCAAUGCCCCAAAUGGAGCCUUGCAGUUGGCCAGUCCAGGCACAGACAGAGUACAGGGACUACAGACCUUAACCAUGACAAAUUCAGGCAAUCCUCAGCAAGGUACGAUUCUCCAGUAUGCACAGACCCCUGAUGGACAGCAAAUGCUUGUGCCCAGCAACCAGGUGGUUGUGCAAACUGCAUCAGGAGAUGUGCAGACAUACCAGAUCUGCACCACACCAUCAGCCACUUCGCUGCCACAAGCUGUGGUGAUGAUGUCGCCUGUCACUCUUACCUCUCAGUCAGCUAAAACAGAUGACCCCCAAUUGAAAAGACAAAUAAGACUGAUGAAAAACAGAGAAGCUGCUCGAAAAUGUCGAAUAAAGAAGAAAGAGUAUGUCAAAUGCCUGGAAAAUUGA